AUGAGCGUUUGGUUAGAUAUAGAAGGGUUUGAUAGUAAUGAAAUUAUUGAACGGCUGCAGUUGUAUGGGCCUUCUUAUGUAGCCUUCACUGCAAUGGAACUGACGUUAACAAUUGUGACCUUCUUGAGUAUUUUGAUGGUUAGAGAUAGUGCCGUAAUUGACGCUACACCAAUGCGCAAAUGGAUGAAAAUAUUGAACUGUGAAAUUAGAAUGUUGAUGUGGCUUAACUUGGCUGGUUUAAUUAUGACCAUUUUUCCAGAUACCGCGAAAUCAGAUAUCAAAUUUGUUGAGAAUGUUGUUCUAUUGAACAUUUUGAUAUACUCUGUAGUGACAUCAAUCGGAGGAUUAGGCGUUUGUGAAAUUAACCUACGAAGUAAAAGAGAAAAAUACUUCCGAGUCAUCUUCUGGAUUUUUAUCGUCUUCAUUCAUCUAUGUCAGGCUGUUUAUGUAUCUCUAUCUCCAAUGAAAAAUGCAACAUUGGUUGCUUCUGCAUGUUACUCUGCCAAUGUCUUGAAUGAUUUGAAAUCUCUUCCAAUUGGUGAAUUAGCUAAACAAUCGACUAUACUCUGUUCAGAACUUCGUGGAACCGAAGAGAUGGAAUCUGUUAUGGUGGAACCGAGACGAUCUAGCAUUUUCGACGAUUCAUCAGAACAUGAAGUUGAUAUUCUAUAUGCCCGACUUUAUUAUAGUCUCUUGAUGUUGUCCGUUGCAUUUUCCACUUAUCACAUUUUUGCUAACAUGGAUAAACCUGAAAGUCUCGAGAAUACGCUGAAAUGUGUCUUACACGUUGGUGGCCAAAAUGUCUCGAGCAGCUUAAAAUAA